GACGCCGUCUUCCUCAACCUGUUGUACGGCUUGAUGUACAGCCUGCCUUACGUGGUCCACAUCGUCAUCUUUGCCAGCGACAUCCUCCGUGCCCAGAGCCUGUGGACGCUGAGGUCCGCGCCCGGGAAGCGCACCAAGCCGAUGCACAAGAUCUACGAGAGGUUCUUCGGAAUCGACGGCAGCCUCUACGUCUUCAAAGUCGCGGUUCUCCAGCUCUUCACCGUGCUUCUCCAGUCCUGCGGGAAGCUGGCCCUGCUAGGUGCCAUCGUCACAGCCGGCGAGUAUGCUGAUGCGCAAGAACAUGGACAUUCUCGCGUGUCCCUCUAUCAGAGUAUCGGCUUUUGGGUCUUCUGCUUCUUCCUGCUUCUCAACAGCUUGUACCCGGCCGUGCUCAUCGUCUUUCGCGAGCGCUACUGGGCUCGCUUCUCGGGAGCAGCGCUGGAUGCAGCGAUCCACUUGGCUUACAUCCUCACAUACCUGUGCAUGAGCAUCAUCUCCCUGCGCUACAUGCACUUUGAGGACACCAUCACUGGCAACUUCGGCACUGCCCACCACCUGACGUACUCCAACGAGCUGAAUCCGGUAUUCCUGUUCCCCACGAACUUCCUCG